AUGGCCUCUAAGACACAAGUCCUCUCCCUCUACCGCCGCUCCCUCAAGCUGGCCCUUGACUGGGCGGUCCACCGAUAUAUUUGGCGCGGUCAGGCACUGUACAUCCGCGGUCUCUUCGAAGCGAAUAAGCAUGUCACCCAGCCGAGACAGCAAAGCGAACUGCUACAGCAGACAGAGGAGCUGUUGGAGAAGUGGAAGCACCCCGAUCCCUAUAGACCACCAACUGCGCCCGGCGGCAGCAAGUACGAGCGCAACUUGCCUGCUCCCAUUUUAGAGCCACCACCACACAUGCACCUGUAG